AUGUCUAAGCAGGAGCAGGAGACUGAUAGUGUUGGCACAAAGAACGGCGGCCUGAAUGACGUAAGUGAUCUCCAAGAGGCUCUUGACGGUGCCAUUGUCCGUCCUGAGAACCCAAGUCCAGACACCGCCCUGCGCCGGCAGGCGGAAGAUGCCGCGCCCUUGGAAGGGAUGGCAAAGCCUCCAUCGGACGCUGGAUCGAGCCCACCUCAGUCUCCGUCAAGCACAACAGAGUCUUCAACUCCUGACUUUCGCAAAAGGGUCCGGGUCGAUAGGUUUCGGCUUAUCGACUUGAUCGAGCGGCUCGACGCCAACCCGCGGUCAGCUUCCACCAGUAACCCCAUGUUGCGGCUCAUCAUGAGCGAUCUCGACGAGGGCUUUGGUAUCCUAGCUCCAUACUUCGACACCGUGGACAUGUUCGCAAACAUCGAUGAGAACGAGAAGGCUGCCGCGCGGGCCGAACUCGACAGCUAUAUGACCCAGCUAAACAAUCUGAGGAAGACCUACGUGCCUGAUGCCACAUGGAAAAAGCACAAGGAGAAGACUAACGAGACGGAAAUGACAGAUCCAAGAUCCCGGGGUCGCCCGCGCCGCCGCCAGACCAGCAUUCUUCGCCAAGAAGUCCUGCCCGAGGAUGUGGUUGACGAGGCUGACUCACCGCGAGCAACGACAACUACACGACGCGACAAUAUGCGACGUGCUGGUGGUGCUGUGAGCAGCCUUGCGCGCCGCUUGUCGAGAAGGCAGUUCCGCCGAGCUUUGCGCUCAGGCAGCCCGUCCCGCAGUUUGUCACCGAGCCGAAGUCCAUCAAGGUAG